AAGAGAGAGAGAGAGAGAGGAAAAGCUUAUUUAGCUUCAUUCUCUCUUCCAAAUUUCUCUUUCGUUCAGGCACGACAGAGCUUCAGAAAAAGAAAAGGAUUUUUCUUCAUUUUCUCAUUCGAUAAAGUUCUUAAAAGAUUGAAGUCAGAAUUAUUGACUCUCUCGCGACUAUCCAGAAAUCCUCUUCCAGAUUUCUAAACGGACUCUUUACCUUCUUUUUUUUUUUUUGGAUUUUCUUCUGUACCGAAAAUGGUUUCUGCGAAUCAGGAGAUGGUGGUUUACUGUUUUGACACGCUUGUAGCUCAUUACAAUAGUGAAGAGGCGCCUCCACCAGCUUUUGAUGCCGAGCAACACCCACUGUUUGUCACCUGGAAGAAAUUGGUGAAUGGUGGGGAGCCUCGUCUACGGGGAUGCAUUGGAACUCUGGAAGCUCGUUGUUUGAUUAAUGGGUUCAGGGACUAUGCUUUAACCAGUGCUCUAAGGGAUUGCCGGUUUCCCCUCAUACAACCUCAAGAAUUACCUUACUUGGAAUGUACAGUUUCCAUUCUGACAAACUAUGAAACUGCUCUCAACUAUCUUGAUUGGGAGAUAGGUACACAUGGUUUAACUAUUGAGUUUACUGAUCCUGACUACAAUGUGAGGCGAAGUGCAACAUACUUGCCUGAGGUGGCUGCUCAUGAAGGUUGGACAAAAGUGGAGACAAUUGACUCAUUGAUGCGCAAAGCAGGUUAUAAUGGCAUCAUCAAUGAGUCACUCCGUAAGCGAAUCCGCCUUACUCGCUAUCAGAGCACAAUCUACACAAUGCACUACAAUGACUAUACCUCCUACGUUAAAAGAACCAGAGGAGCUGCCCCUACAGUUAAUAGGGUCAAGCACAAUUAACCAUUGAUUGUUCCAAUCAGCUUUAAUCAUAAACAAAGUUGAUUUGGAAUUGAUAGGCUUAAUUUAUGAGCAAUUGGGUUCUGGAAGGGUUUCUGUAUGUUCCAGCCCUAUUGCUUAAUUGCAGUUCUGAUUUGUUACUCUUCAAAUUCAUUUGAUUUGAAGAUCAACAGUGCUCUUAAGAUGCACUCAUUUUGAAUUCAUACUCACAAACCUCAGAAGCAAUGUUAUAUUUGUGAAGACUGCGUGUAAAUCAACUGCCGAAUUAUACAUCCAUAAGUUGGAUUUCUAGUUGGCUUCAGAUGUUGAAGAUGGUGAUGAUUGUUCAUGUAUUUAUAUUUUCUUGAGCUGAAGUUAGCUGAUUUCUCUGUGAUUUCUUUUUC